UGGAAGUUUUGACAUUUCAUCUACCGCUAGUCACUCAAGUCGCCUUUUGCUCCGUUUGUUUACGUUUUUGGUUGUGUUUUCUUCCGUCGAAUUGUAUCUACCCUGAAAUAUGCCGUACGCUAAUCAACCAUCAGUUCAGAUAACUGAACUGACCGACGAUAAUGUCAAGUUCGUGGUCGAGGACACAGAUUUGAGCGUAGCGAAUAGUUUGCGUCGUGUUUUCAUUGCCGAGACUCCAACGCUGGCUAUUGACUGGGUGCAACUAGAAGCCAACUCGACUGUACUUUCUGAUGAGUUCUUGGCCCAUAGGAUAGGGCUGAUUCCUCUUAUCUCCGACGAAGUUGUUGAGCGCCUUCAGUACACUCGCGACUGUACCUGCCUAGACUUUUGUCCUGAGUGCAGUGUGGAAUUCACCUUGGACGUCAAAUGCCUUGAGGAACAAACGCGGCAUGUCACAACGGCAGAUUUGAAGUCAUCUAACCCGAAAGUUCUGCCCGUCACCUCCAGACACUCCAACGACGAGGACAAUGAAUACGGAGAAAGUACUGAUGAAAUUCUCAUCAUAAAGCUGCGUAAAGGGCAGGAGUUGAAAUUGCGGGCGUACGCGAAGAAAGGAUUCGGAAAAGAACACGCAAAGUGGAACCCCACCGCCGGAGUGUGUUUCGAGUAUGAUCCGGACAACUCCAUGAGGCACACUCUGUACCCGAAACCGGAUGAGUGGCCGAAAAGUGAGCACACCGAGUUGGAUGACGAUCAAUUUGAGGCACCGUUCAACUGGGAAGCGAAACCAAACAAAUUUUUCUUCAACGUCGAGUCGGCGGGCGCACUCAAGCCAGAGAACAUCGUCGUCAUGGGUGUGCAGGUGCUGAAGAACAAGCUCUCCAACUUGCAGACGCAACUCAGCCACGAAUCCCAGAAUGACGCACUCCUAGUUUAGACAAAGCACUUCAGUUUUUUAGUGAUGUGUAUUUUAUUUCCCUCAUUUAAAAAUAAAGACAUGAAAAGUUGAAA